GAGGGGCUGGCGCCGCCCGGGGGGGGGCGGGCCGGGCGGUGUCAGUCAGCGCCGGCGGGAGAUGCGAAGGGGCUGAGCGGGAAAGCGGUUUAGUCGUCUCCCUGCUGCCCGCCGUCUUCCUCGUGCUGCUCUCCGGCCCCCUGGCCGGCCGGCUCUCCCUCCCGGGGACGCCCCGCGCCAUGUCUUCCCGCCAGAGGAGCCCGCACGGUGACGCGAAGAGCAGCCCCCGGCCCCCGCCGCGCUGGUCCCGAGGCAGGAAACGCGGCGCGGAUGGGAAGCGGAGGAAGCAGGACGGGUCGGGUUCGGCCGCUGCGGAUGAGGAGGAGCACAGGCCUUGUGGCAGCAGGCUGGACAGCUUUACAACACCAGAAGGCCCUGGCCCCCUUUCCCGUUGUUCAGACUGGGGAACUGCAGUGGAAGAAGAUGAAAUGAGGACCAGUGUUAACAAAGAAAUUGCAAGAUACAGAAGAAAACUCCUGAUAAAUGAAUUUUCAAGAGAAAGGAAGUCCUCCUCUGGAAGUUCUGAUUCAAAGGAAUCUGCUGUCACAGUAGAGUUUGAAACGGAUGAAGUGGUUUUGAUGAGAAGACAAAAACAGAUAAACUAUGGAAAAAACACAAUUGCUUAUGAUCGAUACAUUAAAGAAGUUCCUAGAUGCCAUCGUAUACCAGGAGUUCAUCCCAGAACCCCCAAUAAAUUUAAGAAGUACAGCCGUAGGUCAUGGGACCAGCAAAUUAAAUUGUGGAAAGUUGCAUUACAUUCCUGGGAUCCACCUACUGAAGAAGGAUGUGAUCUGCAAGAUAUUAGUCCUGUUGACCUCGGUGAGAUGGAGACAGAAUCUGUCGGAAGCAAUUCUACUGAAUCUCAAACGAGCUGUCAAGAUAAUGAUGAUACCUGUUCUGGCACUCCUACCAAGAUUAGACAUGUUGACUACCAAGCAGAAGGUGAAUUUGACUUGGAAGUGUGUCUGAGUGAACCACUUAAAGAUUUCAAUACUGUGAGUUAAAUAGUCACAAACAAACUGUUUUAGAGGAAGUUUCUUUUAAAUUUGAGAGAUUAGCUUAAUUCACAAACUGUUAAUUGUAAGAAACCCUAAGCAAAGUUGCAGACUUCUCAAAGUUGUGGUUAGUCUACAUAUUCUCUGGACCAAAGUUAUGUAAAAAUACAAUUAAGUUGUGCGACUUCUUUUUAACUUUUAAUUUAUGUAUAUCAGAUUUUUUUAUAAAACCUUUCAAUAUUAAAAAUAGCCAAAGGCAGGGCUAUCCUUAAGUUCAGCAAGAUCUUACUGAUUUCCUCCCCCCUGUUAUGUUCAUAGCAAAGCAGGGAGAUAUUAUUUUGAGCAUCUGUAUGUUACCUUACUUUUCCAACUGGCUCUUCUACAAAGAUCUGACUUAAUGUAAUACAAGUGGUAGCUGAAACACACUGCUGAUUAGUACUAGUAGACUAAUCUACUGCAGUUAUUUGCUGAAAGAUGAACUGCCUUACAUUAUUUAAGAAAAAAAUAAAAUUUGCAAAAAUGUUUCAGAAACAAUUGGAAAUCAAAUACUCUCAAGAAAUUGGAGGUCAGUGUAGUCAAACCUAGGCAGUAACACUUUAAGAAGUAGUAGUAGCCUGAAUUUGAAAUCUGUAAAUAGUCAUGAGUCAUUUGAUAAUAUAGUCAAGAAAACAAUGUCUAGGGAGAGUGCUUGAUUCUUUUUAAUGUGCUGAUUUUAAAUGUAAAACUGUUGUAAAUGAUAACACUGUACAGAUUUUGUGCUGAAAGCAGUUAAUGUUUUUUGUAUGGGAUUUGCUGGAAAAUAAAUGAAAUUUCAUUUGCUUAUGGCUCUUCAACUUAA